AUGGGCAUCGAUCACUUACGGGAUUUUUCUCUGCAUCGAUUGUUCAUCUGCCCAUCGAAAUCUCAGGUGUUCAUAUCAGCUUCGUCAGGCUGGUUCAAGUUAUCCAUUGACUACAUAGCAUUUUCAAACUGGUCAACGAAUUUAGACUCAUGGAGGCUUGAGCAACUCAGGACGAUGGUGUUUGGUGGCAACAACCGCGCUCAGGUGUUCUUCAAGCAACAUGGAUGGAACGAUGGUGGCAAAAUCGAGGCUAAGUACACUUCAAGAGCUGCUAAUUUGUAUAGGCAGAUUCUUGCUACGGAAGUUGCUAGAGCCAUGGCGGAAGAAACUACUACUACUGGUCUACCGUCAUCUAUUCUUGCUACUUCUGAGCCGUUGAAAGUUCGAGUUGAAGAACCAGAUGACGCAAGAAAGUUGUUCUCAAACGCUAAGUCCAUUUCCUCUGCUCAGUUUUUCGGGUCUUCUGAUCUUGAAUCAGAAACUACCCUUGACAAGUUUUUGGUGCAGAAGGAUUUCUCAAUGGUAGGGAGCAUAGUGGGCAAAACGAAGGAGAAGCUCGAAACUUUGGCAUCUGCUAUCUUUGGCGAUGAUCUACAAUGUUCUCCCAAGAACUCAAGCCAUCGGCAUGCUAUUUAUGCCCUUCGUAGGGAGGUGACAGACUUAAUGCAGAAAUUUCACGCCGAGGAUGCUGAUUCCAUCCCUUUUACCACCCGUUCGAAAUGGAUCAGCCAAGUUACUGAUCGAAUCGUACAUGCUACAGUAGGGGUUAAGAGUGUCAGGGAGGACAUGCAACUACAACGCAUGAUUCGUAGCUUUCGAAAGGAUCUACGUGACUUAUUGAUCGAAACACAAGAUGCACGGACUGCUGUGACAACGACGCUUGGACGCAGUUGCAAUGUCAAAUAUCUUCGAGAAGGUGUGUUGGGUCUUGUAAGAUCAAUGUACGCAUUGAUCUGCUUGGAAGAAGAUCCACCUCUGCUUAGAUACGGUUACCUCUCUCGGGAUAACGUUGGAGAUGUGAGGAGAGAAGUGUCUAAGCUGUGUGUGGAGAGCUUAGACCUCACGCGCUUGCACUCGUCGCUUCAUUUGGGAUUCCAGAUGCGUUCUUGA